AUGUCGUCCACCAGCGCAAAUCAACAACACAAGAACCUCCUCGGCCAUCGCAUCGCCGAUGGUCGUUUGGAGCUCGUCCAGGUCCUCGGCCUCGGCGCGUACGGCGUCGUCUACCUCGCCCGCGACCUCCACCACCACCACGGCGCUUACGCCUCCACCUCCAACCACUCAGCAGCUGCCUCGCUCGCCGCCGCCAAACAGGGCCACGCUUCCGGCUACUAUGCCGUAAAGUGCCUCAACAAGGUCGGUCUCGAUGCUCGUCAGCGUGCCUUCCAGCGUCGUGAAAUCAUGCUCCACACCAUGGCCUCCAGUCAUCCCAACGUCGUUACCCUCCACCGUGUCAUUGACGACCCGCAGGACCCUUGCGUCUACGUCGUCCUCGACUACUGCCCCGAUGGCGACCUCUUCAGCAUGAUCACCGAAACCCAGCGCUACAUGCUCCCCAGCUCCGUCACGCGCGCCGCCGAAGAGCAAGGCAUCGACGUCGCCUUCACCUCGGAACGCCUCAAGAUGGACACCCUCAUCCGUGACGUCUUUGACCAGAUCCUCGACGCCGUCGACUUUUGCCAUUCCAUGGGCAUCUACCACCGCGACCUCAAGCCAGAGAACAUCCUCUGCCUACGAGGAGGCGCCAAGGUGGUGCUCGCCGACUUUGGUCUGGCCACCGGCGACAAGACCAGCUCCGACUUCGGUUGUGGCAGCACCUUCUACAUGGGUCCAGAGUGCCAAGGUGGCAUCACCCGCCGCCUCACCAGCUACAGCACCGCCGCCAAUGAUGUGUGGUCCUUGGGUGUCAUCCUCGUCAACCUCAUCUGCGGUCGCAACCCAUGGAAGCAGGCUUGCCCCGCCGACGACACCUUCCGCGAGUACCUGCGCAACCCCGACUUUCUCAAAGAGAUCCUUCCCAUCUCGGAAGGCGUCAACUCGAUCCUCAAGCGCGUCUUCACCUUCCGCGCCGAGGCUCGUUGCACCAUCGCCGACUUGAGAAAGAUGGUCCGCAGCGUCGACAGGCUCACCGCCACCUCUGCCGAGAUCAAGCACCGCCAGCAGGUCGCUCGCCAGGCCGCCGCCGAAGCUCACGCCGCCCGCCAAGCCGAGAAGGAAGCUGCUGCCGCCGCCGCCGCUUACCAGCAACGCAAGCAGCAGCAGUCGGCCCUCGAGGCUGCCCGUGCUGCCGCUGCUGCCGCCACCGCUCCUACAACCCAGGUCAUCCGUCACCACGUCGUUGCCGCUCGCAAGCCAGAAUGUGCUCGCGCUGCCUACCAACCUCAGGUGGCCACGCUCGACCAGAUCGUCGCGACCCAGCCCAUCGUCUACGCCAACCACACUUCGUCUUGCUACGACAGCUACUCUUCGGACUCGGAGGCGGAGGAGCUUCAGGAGAGUAGCAGCAGUGGCGAGGGCGGCGCCGGCUCCUUCUCGCCCACCGAGAAUGACAUCGACUGGUCGCAGCACCCCAUCACCAAGCCCGUCGAUGCUCAACGAGUCGCCUCGAACCUCACCAGCAUGAGCGACGUUCACCGACACCAGCAGCAGCCCGCCGACACUACCACCGCUGUCGCGUCGUCACCCUUGCGGUCCACCCACAGCUCCGCCGCCAUGGACGAUCGUGAGGGAUCUCUGGACGACUGCUCCAGCCGCAGUGGUAGCGGCGAGUCUCGUCGCAGCUCAGCCUCGUACACGGGUCUGCCACCCACUCCUCAAUUUGUCUCACACAGCGUUGAGGAGGACGCACUGUUCAGAAUCAACGGUGUGGACGGCGGCUCGCCUACCCCCGCCAGUCGACGUGCUCCCAUCAAGGCAGCGGCGGCGGCGCUGUUUGCUGACGGUGCCGACGCCGACGAGACCAUCAUGGCCAUCGAAGGCAAGACGGCCUCCCGUGCCCUGCCUGCACGCUGGCUGCAGAGCUGUUGGGCGCAAACCCCACAAGAGGAUGAUGCAGGCAUCAUUCCUUCCAAAGACUCUUCUCCCGCCAUUGCCGGCUGGGCCGCUGCACGCGACCAAUUUGGCAGCGUGCCCAGCCGCCGCGGCGGCGCCGCUGCCCCCUCCGCCAUCCCCUCCUACCGCUCCCACGCCUCGCUCGUCGCCGCUCAGCACUACGUCGCUCAAGCCGCACGAUACACCGAACGUCACUGA